CUCACUCUUCGCCCUUUCCUCACCUCUGCUCCCCUCUCUGUUAGAACUCCGGCCACCCUAUCCUUUCUUUGUUAAGAACUCCGGGCCCCCAAAAACACUCCAGGCACCCUGAACAUAUGCGCUGCCUCCCCCACUACUCCUCCCCUGUCUGUUUUCUGUCUUCCAUUCGUCCUCACCUCUUUGUUUGUCCUCCUUCUUUGUUCGUCCUCCCCGUCGUGUGCCCUCCCCUCAUCCAAACUCGCCGUGUUCCCUCAACCAAACUCCCCGUCGUGUGCCCUCCACUCAUCCAAACUCGCCGACGAUAAAGUAAGCGAAACCCGCCGGAAGAGAGGAAUACUACUUCCCUAUCAGCGCAUAGUCCUAAUUACCAUCACCUUUGCUGUUAGAGAGUAACAAAAAUGAACAAGAAGAAGGUUUUCCAACUUGCUAAGGGGUUUAGAGGCAGAGCAAAGAAUUGCAUAAGGAUAGCAAGAGAGAGGGUAGAGAAGGCACUUCAGUAUUCUUAUAGAGAUCGCCGCACCAAGAAGCGUGAUAUGCGCUCUCUUUGGAUUGAACGCAUCAAUGCUGGUUCCCGCCAACAUGGCGUAAAUUAUGGUAACUUCAUGUGUGGGCUGAUGAAGGAAAACAUUCAGUUGAACAGGAAGGUAUUGUCAGAACUGGCGAUGCACGAGCCCUACAGCUUCAAGGCUCUGGUCGAUGUAUCACGCAAUGCUAAUCCAGGAAACAAAUUAGUUGAACCUAAGAAGGUAGGCCUUGCUGCUGUUCUCUGAAGACUCCUUGCUUGUUUGUUUACUCCGUUUCAGCAACAUUUUCUUUCAUCAAAAUAUUUGGCUUGAAGGCUGAAGCAUCAUUAGUUCAUUACUGCUGCAACAAUCUAAUUAUUUGUUGCAUUGACCACGACCGCCUUCACGUUGUCGGUCGUCUUAACUCCACCAUCUUUUGGAGAAACUCGAAUUCACCCAUUUCACCUUUUCAUAUGAAGCCACCGCUGAUUUCAGUUGUGCCUCUAUCAGCCCGUGUUGUUAUUUCCUUUUUGUCGUCUAUGCUGCUACUUCCUCCUAAUAGGAUCAUCUUUGCCUUUGUAAUUGUAGCACCUACAAACCAAAUCACUCCAUUUCUUAGUAUUACAUGAAGCUAGAGAACAUUAAUUGAUUGCCA